UUUAGAAUGAAGUACAAUUAGGGGACGAAGAAGACUUUUCUAUAUUACCUACGAAAUUGAAUGCUUUGGUUGUAGCACGUGCGCGUUGAAAAGCCUUUAACCUUAAUAAUAUUUUUACUGGUUACUACUGACGAAAUAGUUUUAAAGCGUAAAAAAAUAGUUCUUAAAGUGCUUUGAAAUUAAAAUGGGAAAAUUUGGACCACGUUUAGCAAGUCGGAAAAAAGCUAAACGCUGGGUAAAAGGACAAAGUUCGAGUUCGAACCCUGAAACCAAGAAACAUCGUGAACAGGCUCGAAGUCGAUUUUUUCAAGAAAAUCUUGGGUCUACUGGUUUAACUACUAAUGUACUAAAGAAACAUGAUGCUAUACAAGGGGUUCAACAUGUUGAAAGGAUUGAAGUUGAUGACGAAGAAAGCACUGUGGCAGGAAGCUUUAAUACGUUUGACACAUUUGCUAGUGAUUGGAGUGAUUGUUCGAAUGUUUCAUUCAGCCGGUUCUUAACUCGUUUUCAAUCGAGCUCCUUGGUUCACAAGGAAAUGCUGGCUGUUUUAGCAGCAAUUACAGAAGUUAUCAAACAAAAUGGUGGUACUGAAUCGUCAACAGAAUAUUAUGCUGCUUUGAUGACUGCAUUAGAAGCAGCAGAAACUGACGAGUCGGUUGCUGCUAUACUAUCAUUGUUAGCCAUGGGUUUGAAGACUGUACCAAAAAAUGUUAUCAGAGUACAAUUCAGUCAAGCCAGUCAAAUCCUUCUUCAAAUACUUACUAAGUAUGCUACCAGUGAAAGUUUCCUGAUUCUACGCACGUGUAUCGGUUGUUUGUCGCUAUUGCUGAGGGCCCAAGAAGCAGCUGUAUGGUCAAACUCAUCAACAAUACAAGUGCUAGAUGCCGUCUUAGCAUUUACAGUUCACGCUAAACCGAAAGUUCGCAAAGCUGCGCAGCAUGCAGUUUGCGCAAUUCUGAAAGGAAGCGACAUAAUGAGAACCGAUGAUCCACCAACAUAUCAUCCUGGCGCUUCUCAAACAGCAAAGCAUUGCCUUGCGCAAUUAGAAGCUGCAGGUCAACCUGGUGGAAUAACAAGUACUCUGCAUACGUUAACUUUACUCAAAGAUAUUUGUCAUCAACUUCCUAAGUCCUACGUUAAGUCAGUUUGUGAAGGACUACUAAGAAUUAUGACAUUGAAUAAUGUCUUGGUGACAUCUUGUUGCCUACAAACUUUUCAUGGACUUUUUAUAUCAAGACCCUCGGAGUCAAUAUUGCCAGCACAAUUAAAUGCUCAAAUUAUAAAUGCACUUUAUGAUUAUCAACCUGCACCUGGAGAUACACAACCAACUUUGGCAUGGCUUGCUGUGAUGCAGGAAGCUUAUUGUAAUCUGGUUCUGUUAUCCUUGCCCCUUUGCGCAGCGAAUAUCACACGAAUAUUAGAAAAGUGCACUGAACUUUGGUUGUCAGAUAAAAGUGAAGUAUUGUCCGGUGCAUCACAUACUAUCAAAACCCUUUUGCAAGUAUGCAUUACUCCUUUGUGUGCGACACAGGAAGAUGCUAAUAAAUACAAAACCACAUUGAUUAAAACCAUUCAGUUGAUACAACAAGGAAUGAAAUAUCAAUACAAUUCUGCAUGGCAUCAUGUGCUACAUCUUUUAGCUGUGAUCUUCCAGAUCACAGGACAUUUUUGUAAAGACGAGCUGCUAGACAUUCUCACUGCAUUAGCCGAACUCCGGGAUUCUUAUAAAUUUAUAUAUAAUGCCGAGGUGGAAUAUGCUGUUGGUGCUGCAGUUAGAACUAUGGGUCCCGAAAUUGUUCUACGGACAAUCCCUCUGCAGACUGGAUCAGACAUAAUAGAUUUAAAUAGAAGUUGGCUAUUGCCUGUGCUUAAAGAUUGUAUUAGCAAUGCUUCACUUUCUUAUUUCAUACAGUCACUGUUACCAUUAGCCACCAUGUGCGAGAGAAAAUCAGCAGCACUCAAAGCUAAUAACGAUGGUAUAGGUGCGCACAGUUAUGAAUUACUUACAUCUCAGAUUUGGGCCUUGUUACCAAGUUUUUGCAAUAAUCCAACAGAUAUUAAGGACAGUUUUAAGAGUAUUGCCAGGAUUCUUGGAAUGGCUAUAGCUGAAAGAAAGGCUUUGAGAUUAUCAGUGAUGGCUUCUUUACGAAAAUUAGUCGCAAAGGCAACAGAAAAUAAUAAUGCCGAAGAUAUAGCAGAGCUCGCACGAUUUGCUAAAAAUUAUUUGCCACUUCUCUUCAAUCUAUAUACAACUAAACCCAAUGGAUCGGACGAAGAAGGUCAACGUUUAGCAGCUCUAGACACUAUUAGGGUUUAUUUAUCAAUCACGAGUAACGAUAUAGUAGGCGAAUUGUUUGAUCGCGCUAUGGGCAGAUUGAAUGAUCCGCAAAUCGAUAGUUUCCUCAAAGAAAGUGUCUAUGAUUUGAUAAGAAUUUUAACACCGCAUACUGAGAAGGAAAGAUUAAAGGCACUCUAUGAAAAAUGUAUCCCUGUACUGAUGGAUACUAAGAAUCAGAAAGAGCAAAAGAAAUCUUACAGAUUGUUGGAAGAAAUUUGCGGUAGUGAGAGUGAUGUAUGCAAACAGUUCAGGCUAGAAAAUCGUAAAGCUAUACAAAAAGCAUUAGUUAAAGCUCAAAAUACAACAGUUACAACUAGUAAAAAUGCACGUCUUCGAUGUUUGAGUCAUAUCGUGAAAAAUCAUCCGCAAUUAGAGAAGACAAAAUUAUUGCGAGCUAUAGUUCCAGAAGCAGUUAUGUGCAUAAAGGAACUUAACGACAAGUGUAGAACCUCAGCAUAUCAAUUGCUGAAUAUUAUAGCAGAUAAGCUUUUGAGUAAUACGGAACACUUUAAGGAAUAUAUUGAUAUACUUGUUAGUGGUCUUGCUGGAGCUCCCAUAUUUUGUAGUGCUACUUUAUUGGCUCUUGCUUCCAUCACGUAUAAUUAUAACGGAUCAUUGGGUGUGAAAACUGUUCAUGAAAUAUUGGAACAUGCUUGUGUUCUUCUUUCUGCACCAACCAGAGAAAUAGUAAUAUCAGCUCUUUCUUUCAUCAAAGUUUAUAUCACUGUGAUGCCAUCGCCUACGGUAGCGCCUACUUUACCAGCAAUUAUGAAAGCCUCGAGUAAAAUGACUGAGGACUGUAAGCGUCACUUUAGACUGAAAAUUCGAGAUAUUUUAGUGAAACUAGUGAGAAAGUAUGGAAUUGAUACAAUCACGGCAAUGGUACCUGUAUCGGAUGAAGUGAUGCAUAAGAGGCUGAAAAAUAUUCGCAAAAUUCAAACAAGAAAACAAAAGGCUAAGGAACAGAAGAAGGCCCAACAGGGAGAGGAAGAUAGUGAUGAAGAAUUCAAUGUUAAAAGUAAACCAAAAAGUAUAGAAGAGAUUUUGGCGGACAGUGAUGAAGAGGAGUUUGAUGAAGAUAUGGAGACUGAUCAGCCUGAUAAGGGUAAGAAGCGAAAAUCACAGAAGAAGACUUGGAUUCAGGAAGAUGAAGACAAUAUAGUGAACUUCGUGGACCCUGCGGCUGCUAAGAGCAUAACAGCUACUCUACCAAAACCUGUUAUGCCUGGCCCAUCUAAACAGAAGGUCAAAAAUCAUGGUUUUAAGACAGCUCCUGAUGGACGUCUCAUUAUUAAAGAUAAUGAUAGUGAUAGUGACAAUAAUGACUCUAAGAAAAGUAAAAAGAAACUACCAUUCCUUGGUAGUGACUCAGAUGAUGAUUUUGAAGACGAGGAGACAAAAUCUAUAAUUUCUGCUGCGACAGCUGAACGGAAACGAAGGCAUAGCGGAAGUACCGAUGCUGCAAGUACGAGUACUCGACCACCAUUGAAAUAUCAAGCUGGGGGAUCAGGAAUUCAUCGACCAAUACAAAAUAUCAAGAAAGAUAAUACAUUUGGUAGUGAGUAUCGUGCCAAGAAAGCAAAGGGAGAUAUAAAGAAGAAAGGCAAACCAGAACCAUAUGCUUAUGUACCUUUAACUAGAGCAGCUUUAAAUAAAAGGAAGAAAAUGAAGAAUGCUGGAAGAUUUAAGAAUAUUAUCUCUGGAGCAAAGAAAGGCGCACGGGCUGGUAUAAAAAUUAAUGGAAAACACAAGUAGGUUCAAUUCUUGUAAAUGUUGAUUGUAAAAUAAUUUUAAGCUCUCAUUAAAUAAAUUAAUAAAAAUUUCUAUAUGUAUAUA